CCUCCUCAGGAAACGGUGCUCAGCGGCCGUUUGUAAAUUGGAGAUGGAGGAAGGAAUAGAGCCCGAGCCCGAGACCGAGGCCUUGCGGUGUGGUGGUGACCUGCGGCUGCCGUUGCGGAAUCUGGUGCAGGGCCUGCGGGAAGUAGUGUCGCAGCUUCGAGAAGGAGAAUCGUGGAAAUUGGAGAAUUUUGACAUGGAAUUUUUCUGGAAAACUCUAGGUGAGUGUGUCAAAGCAGUAUCUCAAGAAGCAACAAAACUCAGUCUGGCCUUUUCAAAGCCUCCUUUGCCAUCUGAGCAAGACUGUCAGAAGCUCACUAGUGAAAUUCAGAAGAGCAUCCUUAAUUUAUCCAGUGUGUAUUACUGGUUGCCAAAGAGUCAAGGCUUGACUUUACGACGAUUAGUUCGAGAUGCCACAAUGGACAUAGUGGAGGGAGUUAUUCAACUAUUGAACGUGAUACUGAACACACCACUUCAAAGUUUGUCACAGGACCAACUGAUAUCCACAGGUGGAGUCUGGGAAGCUUGUGACCGAUUUGUCAAGAUACCAAAAGAUAACCAUGCAGCUGUUCUAUCACUGAUGUCUUCUUACUUGGUAAUUGUAGAAGAUGCUUUGGAGGAAAUGAAACAGGCUCAACACACAGAAAAUGCAGAUCCAUUCAGUGAUAUAUUUGAAGAUGAUGAAUCACACUUGCGAGAAAACCGGGAUACUUACUGGUCAGAAGAGGACAAACAGGUCAUGGCCCCCUGCUUUGGGCUACUGAAAGCAGCCAAAGCAUGUUUGAGGAAAGUCUCUGGAGCCAUUAAAAAUCAUGGAAAAGUAGACACAUUGCAAAACAUAACUCAGUUGGAUGAUCUGGGUGAUGUCGCAAGUGAAAUUAGCCCCAGUGUUGAUGAAUUGGUGUUGAGUCUUUAUCCGCCAAUGAACUAUAUCACUGUGCAAAUGAACGCUGCAAAGGUUGCUUCUGUCUUAAACAAAGCUCUGGAAAUAACCAAAUCCAGUCACGUGUGUCCUGAAUCGGAAAACAACUGGUUGCAUUUUCUCAGUGGAGCAGUUGAUCACAAUAUGGACAAAGUGAAGAAUUUAACACAAAACUGUUCUUAGCAUGUGAAAAGAGAUUACUGUUACAAUGACGAAUAGAUUGGAAAAGUGUGUGUUCUGUUCAAGAACCCAACCAGUAAAUAAAAAUUGUGCUCAAUGUUUCAGUUGUGUUUGUACAAGAGCCAGUGAUUUCCUUGAUAAUUUAUGUGCCUUAAUUUCUAAAAUUAUCUAUGAAUACUCAUUUCUUAAAAAUAGUUGAUCUAAUAUUAUUACAUGUUAGCAUGGAUAGAAGCUUUCGUAAGUAUCAAGGGUGCCUUUUGACCUUCGAAAAAUGCAGUAAAAUUUUAACAUCAAAUUUGAGUUCCUUUUAGGCAUACUGCUGUGGUAUAGAUAUUUUUCCCAUCAGAAAGAUUAUACAAAGGUCUUCCAUGCGCACUUAAGAGUUUCCAUGCAGUGUUUAAGCUUGAAUUAGCCUAGUGUGCUUUGAAUACUUGGGGAAAUUGUGGACUGGCCUCCGGGAUUAUCUUUCAGGCAGAAGGAUAAUAUUUGAGAUUUCUGGAAAAUGUGCUGUGAAAUUAAGUCUUCCAUGUUGAAAAUGUACUGUAAACAUGAGAAAUUUUGAAGAUGCUGGAAAUCCAAAGCAACACGCACAAAAUGCUGGAGAAACUCAGCAGGUCAACAGCAUUCAUGGGAAUGAACAAACAGUCGUGUUUCGGGCUGAGUGUUCUGAAGAAGUGUCAAUCUGAAACAUCGAUUCUUCAUUUCCAUUGAUGCUGCCUGACCUGCUGUGUUCCUCCAGCAUUUGGUGUGUGUUGCUUUGAAAAUGUACUUUUUAAGAGCUUUAUUAAAGUUUAUUCUGCGCUGUAUUUGCAAGUAUAUUACUGUUGCUGUUCGAUUGGACUAUAUCAUUGUUAUUUCCCUUAUAGUUUUACUUUCUUAUGCUUGUUUGUAUUUUAUACAAUUACCUAUGUGCAUGUAAUUGUUCAGUGUGUUAUUUAGUGGUUGCAUUUGUUUGUCUUUCUAGUUUUUUAGUGGCAGGUAUCACAUUAAUUGAAUAGGGGCUAUCUCAUUGGUUAACUUUUGUCUGUGGAAAUUCAAUAGAAUUAGCAAACUGGCAUAAGAGGACCAGCCCACACACAUUGAAUCAGUCUCCUGAUCUUUUGUCUGUCUUCUCCACCCCACCCCGCCACCCCUCCCCAACUAGGCUCUUUGUCUUUCUUUCUCUCUUUCCUUUCUCCUAGUUUCAUUCUUGUAAUGCUUAAUAAACAAUCAUAACC